AUGCUGGCCAUGCUUCGUGCUGCCCCACGUACACAUAGUCACAUACAUAAACCUCGAGCUUCCCCGCCCUAUCGCCAGAACGCAUCCCUCUACCUCCUCCUCUUCUUCUUAUACCCUGAUCGCACCGGCUCGAUAGCGUCCACCGUCAUGGCCGAAGACAACCCAGACGUCCCCGUCGGCAAGAAGCGCUUCAUUCCUCUGGAAAGCAACCCAGAGCUCAUGUCCUCACUCGUGCACAAGCUCGGCCUUUCGGAGAAGCUCGCAUUCCAUGACGUCUUCAGCAUUGAUGAGCCCGAACUGCUGGCUUUUGUGCCUCGCCCCGCUCAUGCCCUCCUCCUUGUCUUCCCUGUGAGCGAGACAUACGAGAGGUUUCGUCGCCAGGAAGACAAGGACACGCCUGAAUACGAGGGCCAUGGUGCCGAGGAGGAGGUGGUCUGGUACAAGCAGACAAUCGGAAAUGCUUGCGGCCUGAUCGGCCUGCUUCAUGGCGUGUCCAACGGAGCCGCGCGAGCAAACAUCCACCCCGAUUCGAACUUGGCACACCUCAUCAGAGAUGCUGUCCCGCUGAAACCGGCUGAUCGAGCCGACCUGCUUUACGAGUCCGAGGCCCUCGAGAGCGCCCACCAGAGCGCUGCCGGUGGUGGAGACACCAGUGCUCCAGCAGCAGAAGACAACAUUGACCUCCACUACGUUUGUUUCGUAAAGUCAGGAGACAAUAACCUGUGGGAAUUGGACGGUCGAAGAAAGGGUCCUCUCAAGCGCGGCAAGCUUUCGUCAGACGAGGAUGUACUCAGCGAGACAGCCCUCGACCUAGGUGUACGCAGCUUUCUCAAGCGCGAAUCAGAGGCUGGAGGCGGCGAUCUUCGGUUCAGUCUCAUCACACUCGCCGAGUCACUGGAUUAG